AUGAUUCAUAGCCUAUUCUUGAUCAACUCUUCUGGGGAUAUUUUUUUAGAGAAGCACUGGAAAAGUGUGGUUAGUCGUUCUGUUUGUGAUUACUUUUUUGAGGCCCAGGAGAGGGCUACUGAGGCAGAAAAUGUGCCUCCUGUGAUUCCUACUCCUCAUCACUAUCUCCUAAGUGUUUAUCGUCACAAGAUCUUUUUUGUGGCUGUGAUCCAGACAGAGGUGCCACCCCUUUUUGUCAUUGAGUUCCUUCAUCGUGUGGUAGACACAUUCCAGGAUUAUUUUGGAGUCUGUUCAGAGCUAGUUAUCAAAGACAAUGUUGUUGUGGUUUAUGAGGUACUAGAAGAGAUGCUAGACAAUGGGUUCCCAUUGGCUACUGAGUCAAACAUCUUGAAAGAACUGAUAAAACCACCUACUAUCCUUCGAACUGUUGUUAACACUAUCACAGGAAGCACAAAUGUGGGUGAUCAGCUUCCCACUGGGCAGUUAUCCGUGGUACCAUGGCGACGGACUGGGGUGAAAUAUACCAAUAACGAGGCAUAUUUUGAUGUGAUUGAGGAGAUUGAUGCCAUCAUUGAUAAAUCAGGUUCUACAAUCACUGCUGAGAUCCAAGGAGUUAUUGAUGCUUGUGUCAAACUGACAGGGAUGCCAGACCUCACACUUUCCUUCAUGAACCCUAGGUUAUUGGAUGAUGUCAGCUUUCAUCCCUGUGUUCGUUUCAAGCGCUGGGAAUCUGAACGUAUCCUUUCUUUCAUCCCCCCUGAUGGAAACUUCCGCCUGCUCUCCUACCAUGUCAGUGCUCAGAACUUGGUUGCAAUUCCAGUAUAUGUGAAACAUAACAUCAGUUUCCGAGAUAGUAGCUCAUUGGGACGCUUUGAGAUCACAGUGGGACCCAAGCAAACUAUGGGGAAAACUAUAGAGGGAGUGAUCGUCACCAGCCAAAUGCCCAAAGGGGUCCUAAAUAUGAGCCUUACUCCAUCUCAGGGGACUCACACUUUUGACCCAGUUACCAAGUUACUCUCUUGGGAUGUAGGAAAAAUAAAUCCCCAAAAGCUGCCAAGUUUGAAGGGAACUAUGAGUCUUCAAGCUGGGGCUUCUAAACCUGAUGAGAAUCCUACUAUCAACCUGCAAUUUAAAAUCCAGCAGCUGGCCAUCUCUGGAUUGAAAGUGAACCGUCUGGAUAUGUAUGGAGAAAAGUAUAAACCAUUCAAGGGCAUAAAAUACAUGACCAAAGCUGGAAAGUUUCAAGUCCGAACCUGAAAAGAGAAUUUCGGAUUGAGGGGA